AUGGCUAGGCCAGUUUCUCCUAAUGCUGAUUAUCCGGAAGUAAACGAACACUUCCCUGAUUAUGAUUUUGAACGACUUGCUGUUCCACCCCCAGGCUAUGAACUAUACCGCUUCCCCGAUACCACGCAUUUACGUAACCGGGCUCUCGAUAUCGAUACACUCAAGAAGCUAGUAAACCAUCAUACAUGGGGAUUCUCCCUUACCAAAUGGAUAGAAAACAAAGAGAAAGAGGACGGAAAAGACAAGAAAACGAAGCCUGGGAAGCCUGGAAAGCCGCAUAUACCACGGAGAACCAAGGAAGAUCUUCUCCAGAUACUAAAACGGAUUUCUUACAACCAGGACCCCAGGCAUCGCGCUGAUUGGCAUCAUUUUAUUAGCCGAGACUGUGAUGCAGGCCCCAGACUGUUACGGCCAUCAUACAACCCGCCAUUGUUUAGUAGAAGGAUGCCUAGGGGAGAUCCGAACUGGGAAUUUGCACUUCUACCCGUAACGCCCCAAUUGCCCAAUCCUCAAUGGCCCGCUCCCGCUCGAGAUGGUUCCUUUCCCCGUGGACAUCAAGGCGUAACAAGCUUCCAAUCUCAACCGAGCUAUAUGACAGCUCCACACCAUAUGAUGCCCCAAGUUCCAACCAGAUUAGGACUGAGCUCAGAGCAUGGUUUCCCAACCGGUUUUCCUCAUUCUGCACAAACAGGAAAUCAAUGGGAUGAAGCCUAUCGCCAAAGAUAUCUACUGUCCAAUCCUGGCCGUGCGGAUAACGUGAAACCUCGUACUACAACUCAAGCAAACAGCCCACCCCGACAGGGCACUUCGCAAAGCGCCUACGGUCUUUUGGACAGCCAUUGCCCUAGGCAAGCUCCGCUGGCACAGCUUCACUACAGCAGGCCUUCCGUAACCGGCCCAAUCAUAGGCGCAACAACCCUAUCAUACCUGAGACUAAGGAUAUCUGAGGACCAAACCCAGCUCUCCUUUGAUUCGGAUGGAGAGCUUUACCCCUUUAGGUGCCGUGGCCCUUUGUCUUAUGAUGGGAGUUCGGAUAUAUUCGACUGCGUUAUUGUUGCAGGGCUGUUGACCAACGCCGGAUCCACCACAAUCGAUAAGAGAGCCCGCCGUGAACGACUGAUAGUCCUAAGUCCACCCGAAAAGGCAUUUAUAAGUGCCAUGAGCGACUGCUUAAACAGCCAGUUAUCAGAUGAGGCCGUCUCAACGGUGAAAGAGAGGCUGUGGCAUGUCUACACCCAGCAUUUCCAACUAAAUCCUCACUCGGUAGAUAGAUCGGUGAUGGACGCAGCCAAUGUCUGGACAGCUCUCACCAAGUCUUUCUCCCAGUUUCAGCUCCGUUAUACUAACCAUUAUCAGCCCUGCCGUCACCAUGGUGGACCGGUAAACAGUGUUCCAUAUCAGGAAAGUGUUGCCAAUAUAGCUUAUCAAACGAAUGACGAUAACGGUGUGGACAUAUCCGUUCUUCUGCAGCGGGUCUUCCAGGACAGUACGAGUGUUAGUUGCACACAAUGUGGUGGGUCAUGUUCAAUAAGAUGCUCCCGGACAUUUGAAUCCAGCCCUCUUCGCAUUGUUAUGCAGACUCAUGAGCAAAUAAGAAUCCUCAACUUUUGUGCUCCUGCAAUAACAGUACGGCUGGCCAAGACCGAUGGUGAGGUGGUAAACGAGCAAUACACACUCAUUGGAGCCAUAUUCAGGACUCACAACCGUGGCAUGAUACACUAUAGAGUGCGAUGGAUUGACAAAAACCGAGGAUCUAAUGGUAGUCCGUUAACGCAGAUUUACGAUGCAAGCCAAAUAUCGGGAAUGGUUCCAGGGGGUAUCAAGCCGCAAGAACAGUAUGAGAUUGCGCCGAAUUCAUGGUGGAUUAAUGGCUAUCCGGUACUUCUCUUCUUCGAGAGGAUCAUACACCCACCAAGUGAACAAUCAUCUCCUCAAUCGAUGGUAGUACGGUCAUCUCAGGCCCCUAAUCCUCGUCUGGGAUGUCCUAGUAACGGAACUACAAGUUCUAUUCAUCAACAAAAGAGCAACGGCGACUCCCCCGGUAGUAGGACGUCUUCCCGUUUGAAGGAGAAGCGGAUUGCAACACAAGCACAUGCAAUGGGAACAGAAAAAUCGGAGGGGAAGAAGAUUCUCGUCUCUACGGCCCGAAGAUUAGCCAAAGCUUCCAGCCAGCCAAAGACAAGAGGUCAAAUUGAAGCCAAUCCAGUCGGAUAUACCUAUGCUAGCUCCUUCAACGCUAACAGCGAAGGUCCACUUCAGGCAACACAGUAUCAACUCCCCACUUCUGGCCCUACAGCUAGGGCAUCUAUCAACCUCCAUACCCCGGGCUGUCCAAACGGUACUCCAUCGCCCGUAUUAGCUGGUAGCCUGCCAACCAAUGAUUUUAUAAGAUCAGCUGUUAUACCAAUCCCUGGCCCAUCUACAAUGCCAUCUUCAAAUCCACACUAUAGGAAUAGUGCUGCUCUAACUGGGAAUAACCAGGCUAACGGGCACCGAUCGAUACCCGAUAUUCAUAAUGCAAUGAUACCCGCAUUUAAUGCUUCUGUUGCCCAGGAUAUUCCAAAUGGACAUGGAUCAAGUUCAGGGGCAGCUGGACGCUACGAAGCUAGUAUACAUGAAACCGCUCGUGAUCCAUACCCAGUGGUCAAUAGGCUUGGUACUGUAGCCAACACUAGGCAUCCGACGAACAAUGCACCUAGUCCAGCACCAGAAAGCAACGAUCGAACAAGUGUCAAACAGGAAAUCCCCAGCCCGAUUGUCAUUCUUGACACUCCCCCUCCAGAGGAUCCAGCAGUGUCUGGAAACCUCGCGGCUGCUUCUAGCCCACAAGAAUCACUUCAUUUGCUCACAGUAGACCCCCAGCAGUUACUGCUCAACCGGACAAAUCCAGUUGAUGAGGCCGGCCUGCAGCCAGCGGUACCUGCGGAAGUACAGGUGAUAGAAGGGGGGAACGGGGGCACUGUACCGGCCUCUUUAGAAGGGCUCACUCAGGAAGAUCUCGAGACAGCUAACCAAUCGUUUACCGAUUUCAUGGAGAACAACGAUAACCUGUAUUCUUCUAACCUAGAGCUUGGGUUUGCAGAUUCAGCUAUGCCACCACUGCCGCCUCCUGACAACUUCUUUGACCUCCUUGGGCAGGUCGACGGUAUCGAACUAGAGCAACGAACAGCAUCAAACCUGGAUACUACCUUAGCAGAUGACGAAUGGAUGGCCCAGUGGGGUAUCAACGGCGCGAGUACGAGUGCGGGUGAGCCGUCUGCAGCGGAAGAUACUUCGACACCCUCGACAGGGGCUGGUGUGGCCAGAAGCAACAGUCUGAAGAGGAAGAGAGACGAGUCCGAACAAGAACGGUAA